AUGGAUCAUUUAAAACAAACAGAGAAUUCAAUUCUCAAUACCGAUCAUCAUCAUCAUAAUAAUAAUAGCAGCACCGAUGAUAUGGAUUCUAAAAAUAAACCCCUAAAAAGAGAAGAAAAACAAGAACAAAAUAGUUGUCAAGAUGGAGAUUCAAAACUAUUAAAUUUAAAUCAUGGUCAUUUUAAAUCUUUUACAAAAAUUGAUAAAAUAAAAACUUAUCAAUUAUGGUUUAAUUCAUUAAAUUGUUUAAAUACACAACAAAAAUUAUAUCAUUUAUAUAAAACGAAUUGUUUCAUCAAAAAUUAUUGUCAAAAUGUGGAACAUUUAAAAAUGAAUGAAAAUGAUUCAUUGAAAAGUAACAAUAUUGUAAAUAAUAAUACAAUCACUGCUAAUACUACUCAUAAUAGUAAUGAUAGUAGUAAUGAUAGUGCGACUAAUAAUAAUAAUCAUAAUCAUACUGUUAAUAGUGAUAAUAUGAGUGAUACAAGUAAUAUUCAUAAUUUAUCGAUACCUUCAAAUUCUGCCUUAGAUGCUUUAAUUCAUAUGACCACGUCUACAAUGCAACAGUUAAAACAUGAUGGUGAUUUCUCAGGUUAUCAUUUAAAUUAA